AUGUUCGACAUGUCGAAAUCAAAAUCUUUGGAUGAGUCCCAAGAUGUCGCCUCUCUCCCUGUGGAGGCUGGUGAAGUCGGUGACUCGAUAGAUAUUCAACACGACGCGGUAUUUGGCGACAUCACUGAGGAUGGGCCAAACUACCGCAACGUUGGAUGGUUGGGAACCGCUGUCCUGAUGAUCAAAACCCAGAUCGGUCUCGGCGUGCUAUCUAUUCCUUCGGUUUUCGAUGCCCUGGGCUUGAUCCCAGGCAUCAUCAUUCUCAUUACCGUCGGGGGUAUCACAACUUGGUCGAACUACAUCGUUGGUGUGUUCAAGGUCAAUCAUCGCCAUAUCUACGGCAUUGAUGAUGUUGGGGAGCUGUUGUUUGGUCGCAUCGGUCGUGAAUUCUUUGGAGCUGCUUUUGCCCUCUUCUUUACAUUUUGUUCCGGAUCGGCGAUGCUAAGUGUAUCCAUCGCUCUAAAUGCCCUUUCCAUGCACGCGAUCUGCACUGCCAUCUUCGUUGCCAUCGCUGCAAUCAUCACAUUUGUCUUUUCAAGUAUCCGUACCUUGGGCCAUAUUUCUUGGCUUGCAUGGAUUGGUGCGAUUUGCAUCAUCAUUGCAGUCUUCACCGUCACAAUCGGGGUCGGAAUUCAAGAUCGACCCAGUGCAGCACCCAGGGGAGGCGUAUGGAAGUCGGACUACAAACUUUUCAAUAAUCCCAGUUUUGCGGAUGCCGCAUCGGCAAUCUCGUCCCUCGUUUUUGCCUAUGCGGGUACUCCAGCCUUUUUCUCGAUUGUAUCGGAGAUGCGUGACCCUCGACAAUAUACAAAAGCACUGGUUGUCUGUCAAACGGUGAUUUCUUUUGCUUAUAUUGUUGUUGGCAUUGUUGUCUACUACUAUUGUGGAUCUUAUGUCUCUUCGCCAGCCCUUGGGUCUGCUGGCCCGGUCGUGAAAAAGGUGGCUUAUGGAAUUGCGCUCCCCGGUCUCCUGGUGACUGCCAUUCUGUUGACUCAUAUCCCUAGCAAGUACGUCUUCGUACGUAUUCUGCGUGGUUCAAACCACUUGACCUCGAACUCGGCCAUCCAUUGGAUUACAUGGCUAAGCUCCACGUUUGGUGUUACCUUGACUGCCUAUAUCAUUGCAAGUAGUAUUCCAAUCUUUGGUGGACUUGUGUCUCUGGUUGGUGCUCUUCUAGGCACUUUGCUAUCCUUCCAACCUAUGGGAUGUAUGUGGCUGUAUGAUAACUGGGCUAGGGGUAAAGAGGCACCGACCAUGAAGUGGCGUCUGAUGGUUGGAUGGUGCAUAUUUGUCAUUGUUUCCGGUACCUUUUUGGUUCUCGCUGGUACUUAUGGGUCUAUCACUGGUAUCAUUGAUUCGUAUCGGGAGGUUGGAGGAAGCGCAGCCUGGUCCUGUGCCGACAACUCUGGCUCAACCUGA